AUGGCUCGAAAAGAGCUUUACCAGAUCGUCAAAAAAACAUACUCAUUAUUGUUAAACCAAAUCAUUGGUGGUGCUGCUGUUUUUAAUAGACAACCACAACAACCAUGUUUGAAGAUCGGUUGUGUGCCUUUACUUAAAAGAUAUAAUAAUAAUAGUAGUAGCUGUAUUAUUAGUAAUAUUAGAUCUUAUUCAACUAAAAAUAGUAAUAACAAUAAUAAUGAGGAUGAUGUACAAAUCAACAUCAUCAACAACAAUAAUAAUAACUAUAAGGAAGAAGCUCAAACCUUUCAGAUAGUAACACCUCCACCACAAGAAGAAAAGAUGGAAUGGAAGUUGUUUGGUCAAGGUAGGUCCAUUGGUAAUCUAGUGAUGUUCUCCAUUGGUUUGAUUAUGUCUGCUUUCACACUUGGCAAAGCAUUGCUUGAGAAAGAAACAAAUGAUAAAUCACAUGAAUCCUAUGAGUAUUAUACUAACUUAUUAGAUUAUUUUGGGUGGGCACCACCCAUUGGUUUAUGGAACAACAACGGUGUACUUGACAAAGCAAUCGAAGAAUACAAACAAGGAACCUUAUCACAAGAAGGUGUUAUGUUUUUAUUUAAUAUUUCAACAUUCAAAGCUGGUAGAGAAAUUCUUUGUCAAAAAGGAUUAAUCGAAACUAUUAGUGAUCGUGUAGAUCAAUUCUUGGAAGAAGAUAAUGAUACACCAUUAUUAUUGAGAUUACAACCAAGUCCUGUGACUGGAUAUGAAUUAUCAUUACUUGUUAAUCUCUCUGUAUCCGAUGAUAGCGAUGUACCACUAAGUACUAAAGCUAAAAUAUCUGAACUUAGUAAGAGAUUACCAGAUGAUUUCAAACAUCCAAUAGUAUAUAUUGAAAGAAGUGAUUUAAUAGUAAAUACACAUAGACAUGAGACUCCAAUGGGAUUGAGUAAGGUGUUGUUAUAUGGCCUGUGUCCUCAGACGACUAGUCGUCUUGCAAUGAUUAAUGGAAUGAGAAAUACAGCGAUGGCCAGUAUGUUGGUUGCAGGUUUUCCCACCUUCAGAACGUUUGUAUAUGACCGAUUCGUCAGCAAAUCGAAAUCAUACUCUGACUAUCUCGUGCGAAUUAAAACUACCUCGCUACUCUACCCGUCAGCGAUGCUGUUGGUCUCUGGAUUGCCUCAUCUCUACUGGAUAACACCGGCUGUAGCUACUUUCCUUGGUAUCGCUGCCUACCGAUUAUACUCAGUAUUACUAAUGAUAGAGAGAGAAUUACAUAAGUUCAUUGAUAAAAAUUGA